AUGAAUCGAUUUGAAAACUUUACAAAACCCAAUGCUUACAAUUUACAAUCUGUCAUCUUUAUAUCUGAAAGCUAUAAUGCCUCCAUUGAUACAACAUCUAAAAUCAAACAAUCAAAUGAGAUUACACUCAAGCUCGAAAUCAAGUUUCAUGUAGUUGCUUUAGGUGGCACAUGUGUACCAGAUGAUAAUUUGUUAAUCAACAAAAACUAUAAAACAGAAUUACAAGCUUCACUUGAAGAACAUACAAGAUUAGUCAAAAACUUACAUGGACCAACAGCCACAGAUCCAAAUAUUCAAGCAUUGAUUGUCUCAUAUGCCACUCCAUCUGGUGCUGAUCAAGUUGAUCAAAUUUGUAUCAUAAAUGGAUUUAAUAUCUCAGAAAUAUUUGUAAUUGAUCUAAUUGAUUGA